CACCUAAAACCCUAAACCUUAGCGCCGUCUCAACAUUGUCUUCUUCUCCUCUUCAGACAAAACCUUUCUGAAACAAACACCCUCUCAUCUACUUUCGUCGUCUAAACGUUUGCUCAAAUGGGUAAGCUUGGGAAGAACGCUAGAAAAUUUGCCAAGAAGAAUCUUCAAUCUGUUGAGAAGCGUUACAGGAAGCAAAAGCCCUUUCUCAAACGCAAAUUCGCCAAAAGAGAUGCGCGUCGUGGCGCAGAAGAUGUAGAGGAGGAGGAGAUGAUAGAGCAGCCACAUAAGAAGAGAUGUAUUGAAGAAAAUCCUAAGGAUAUAGUUAUAGAUACUGUGUUUGACAAAGAGGAAGGUGCGGCUCUUGACGGUGGUGAUGAUUCAGAUAGUGAUGGUUAUCUAGCUGAGGACUCUGACUUGACAAAUGGAGUUGUGAAUGGAUCAGAAGGUAAACAGAAGAGGAAGCUUGCUAGAUUGAAUAAAAAUGAGUCAGAUGUAAUGAAGCGUAAAGUACUCACAGGAUCUGUCUUUAGCUCAUGCUGUAACCUAGUUGAUGAGGAACAGUCUGUUCAAGCACUAACCAGUUUGUUGAACUGGUACCGAGCUGCAUCUCAUUACGGACACGAGCCAUCAGGAAUCACUAACUCUGAUAUAUGCUAUGACAUAGAAGACAGCGAGACAUUCGCCAAUGUCAUUAUCUUUGUGCUCCAAAAAGCUGAUGACACUUUUAGGAGCAUUCUGGGAUUAUCAGGCUCUGCCAACAAGGAGAAGAUUCUGAAGUUGAACAACAACGCUAAAUGGGAUAGUGUGAAACCACUCGUCAAGUCUUUCUUUAUAAGUACCUUGCAUCUUCUCAAGCAGGCUGCAGAUUUGGAGAUCACAGUCUUUGCGCUUGCCCAACUUAGAGUUUCUACUGUGUUUUUCGCUGCAUUUCCAGAGAUGCUGCAAAAACUGAUCAAGCUUUCUAUUGAUCUGUGGGUAACCGGUGAAGAGACUCUAUCUCAUCAAGCUUUUCUAAUCUUGAAAGACAUCAGUAUGGUGUUUAACUCAGAAUACUUCGACACCUGCUUCAUCAACAUGUACAAAGCCUUUCUACAUGACUGCGAUACUCCAAAGGCAAAUUCAGAAAAACGUCUACCUCUCCUCAGAGACUCUCUUGUUGAGCUCUGCUCUCAAGAUAUGCAGAAGUCUUGUACUAAAGCCUCUGUUUCCAUCACACAACUUGCCAAGUUACUGAAGAUGGCACUCACUACAAAGAACAAGGCUCUUGAGAAGAUACAUAGCGAGCACUACACAAGUUGCCUUGAUCUCUGGGUGAGUUUUAUCGCCGCCAACGUUGAGGAUUAUGAUCUCCAGUCUCUGCUUUAUACUGUGAUCCAAGUUAUAAAUGGAGUUGCUACACUGUUUAUUGGACCACGGUACCUGCUCCUAAGGGUUAAAUGUAUUCAAUGGCUCAAUCAUCUCUCUCGUGCAAGUGGUAUAUUCAUUCCUAUAGCUUCACUUGUGUUGGAUAUGUUGGAGUACAAAACCACAAAUGAAGGUAAAAAGCAAAAAAAGAAGCUUGAAGCUGUCUCAUCAGUAAAGCUGCCUAAGAAUUGGUUAAAGUCUCAAAACUUUCAAGAACAGUGUAUCUUCUCUGUGAUUGAGCUUCUUGCUAACCACUUUGCUCAAUGGAGCUUCCACAUAUCGUUUCCUGAGCUAGCUACUAUCUCCAUUAUGAGGCUGAAGAAGUUUAACGAGAGUAGCACUAUGGAAGGUUUGAAGCGUGUGGUCAAACGCUUUAUCGAGCAGGUGGAGAUGAAUAUUGAGUUUGUGCAAAUGAAAAGAGAUGAGGCUGCUUUCUCUCCAAACGAUCAACAAGCGGUAGAAGCGUUUCUUCAGCUUGAGAAGCGAAGCAAGACCGCUUCGUAUACACAAUACUAUCAAAACAUUGUAGACAAAGGUCUUGGAGUUGCCCAAAAAAAAAGACAAAGGUCUUGGAACAAAAGUGAAGAAGUGAGAGGUUAAGUGUGGGAAAAAAAAAUGAUAAUACAGUUUUGUGGUUUUGCAACUCGAAUUGUAAGGGCAGGAGAAUCAUUUAGAUUUUCAGAUUUUUAUGAAUUGUUUUCAGAGACAUACAAUACAUUUAUGCAAUGAGUUUUCUUCAGAUUAGAGUUAAAUUUAUU